CCUCCCCCGGUGCAGCCACACGCACACCUCCGGUGACUCGUCACUCCGCACUCACUGGAAGAUGGCUGCGGUGGAGCGGACCCCGGUCAGGGAAGGGCUCCGGAUCGUUUCGUUGUGUGUGUGCUGGUACACCGUCAGCUCGGGGGGGAACAUUGUCAACAAGAUCAUCCUGAACGGGUUCCCGUACCCGGUCACCGUCUCUCUGUUUCACAUCAUAUCCAUCGUCGUCUUCCUUCCGCCGCUCCUGCGAGCAUGGGGAGUCCCCAAAACAGAACUGCCGAGCAGUUACUACCGCUGGUAUAUCCUGCCUCUAGCCUUCGGAAAAUACUUCGCAUCAGUGUCGGCUCACUUCAGCAUAUGGAAGGUCCCGGUCUCAUAUGCGCACACGGUCAAAGCUACAAUGCCUAUAUGGGUUGUCCUGCUAUCAAGAAUUAUCAUGAAAGAGAAGCAAACCGUAAAGGUGUACGUAUCACUCAUCCCCAUCAUUGGCGGAGUGCUGCUGGCCACAGCGACUGAGCUGUCCUUCGAUGUUUCAGGAUUAAUUAGCGCUCUGGCUGCCACACUCUGCUUCUCUCUGCAGAACAUCUUCUCCAAAAAGGUGUUGCACGACACACGGAUCCACCACCUAAGGCUCCUAAAAAUCCUGGGCUUUAAUGCAGUGAUGUUCAUGGUGCCCACUUGGGUCCUUGUAGAUCUCUCUGUGUUCCUUGUCAAUGGAGACCUGUCUGACAUCUCUGGGUGGACAGGUACUUUUGUCCUCCUGCUCAUCAGUGGCUUCUGCAACUUCGCCCAGAACGUCAUCGCCUUUAGUGUGCUCAACAUCGUCAGCCCGCUCAGCUACGCUGUCGCCAACGCCACCAAGAGAAUCAUGGUCAUCAGCAUCUCGCUUCUGAUGCUGCGUAAUCCAGUCACUCUCACCAAUGUCAUGGGUAUGAUGACAGCCAUAGUUGGAGUUUUUCUUUACAACAAGGCCAAGUACGAUGCAAACAGGCAGAAGAAGCUGCUGCCGAGCUCCAAGGAGGACCUGGUGUCCUUUGACAACCCAGCGCUGGAGAAGAUCCAGGGCAACGGUUCAGUGCCUUUUUCCCAUGGGUUAGAGCAGCAGCAGCACAGUCGGAACAACGUGCUGACUGAUCAUUUUCAGUACAGCCGGCAGGCCUACACGUCAAACUACAGCGGCAACCACCAGUACGUGGUGUAAAGGAGGAGUCUGUCGUCGCGCUGGAUUGCCGUCAUCGACAUUACUGUGUGUGUAGCGGCCCUCCCUUCACCCUGCUUCACACUCGAGACUGAAGGCAAGUGCUGUUUGUUCUGACAGGAAGUCGAUUUUGACGGGCCAGUGACGUGACUGCUUCCACGCUCCUCCCUGUUUAAACUUCAUUUUUGUGACAGCGUUGCAUUAUGUCUCACUGUCCAUUUAUUACUUGGGUACUGACUGUGGGGGACAGUUUAUAAUUUUUAUCAGGCGCCUUUAGUGGGAAUGGUAGUUUACUGUUUGGAAAUGUCUGAAAGGUUUUGAUUUCACAACUCAACCCAGUCAGUGUUUUGGAUUUUAUUUUAGUUUGCAAGGAUGUGAGAUGUAAUCAUACUAUUAUGCUUAUGACACCCAAACAAGAGUGUGAUGUAGGCAUUUCAUGCUUCAUACUGUCAUUUUUCUUCAUGAGGCAUUUGUCUGGAUCUGAGGGCGAAACACAUUUUUCACAUUGUCCCUCUUUUUAAAAGGCAGAUGGGAUUUGAAUGAGGACCAUGAAGGAUUUCAGGCAACAGUCACUUUGAAAAGUCUUGAAAUAUGCGAUUUUGUAGAUUUUUGUUUGUUGUUAUUUGAUCAGCCGGCAUGAGCUCAGUGCAGAGGUAUUUCAACAACUAUUCAAUGAGUUGCUAAAAACAUUUUUUUCGACAUUCAUUCAUAAUUUUCAGAGGAUAAAAUCCCACUGUCCGUGAUUUUUCUGGCUCCGUUUUGGACCUGGUAUUAACGUCAGUCCUGAGAGAUCCAAUCACAAGUGGACAGAGUUGAGUUCACACCUGGUGUCUUGGAUGCGUCUUCUUCUUCGUGACCACAUGAGAUUGGAUCUGUCUUCACCCACGCUGUGUUCAAAUACAAACGGACGGAAUCUCUGUAAAUCACGACAAAAAGUGUUUUUUUUACUGUACAAAUAUGUAAGCUGUCGAUGUGUGUUUCUGUGAGUGGAAGAAAAGAGUCAGGAUGAGCCGAGUGAGUGUGCUGCUGUAACAUGAGUUUCAAUUUUAACCUCUUACAGAAAAUAAAUCGGGAUGAUCAGAGUUAAUAUUGUGCUACAGAUAAAUAAAUGUAUGACCUCUGGUUAGUGGAAAAAAAUACAGUGGAACAACAGUAAGGGCAUCAGUGGAGGAGUCGGUCUUUAAUGCAUCCCGAGGCCAGAUUGCUCUGAUGCAUGCUCAGGACUGCGGCCACCUUGCACUCACUGCUGCCUGUGAGUGAUCGGAUCACUCGGGACUGAUGUUAAUACCAGGUCUUUUUAUUGUAACACCACAAGUUCACAAUUUUAAAAAUGUAAAUGCUUUGGUGUGUGAUUAAACUCCUGAAACACUCACGACAUUCCCAUCAGCCAGCUCUCUACUUUGUUUAGUGCUGACCGGCAAAUGUUACAGUGCCUGUUGUAACGAACGUGUGCGGUCGGAAACAAAAAAAAUACAAGUGCCUGAUGAAGAAAAACACUCCCACUCUGUAAAAAUCUGUAAAAAAAACAAAAAGAACUGCAGUCAGACUAGUUUUUAACUGCCACUGUUGAAAACGUGCCUUUCUGAAAUUGUCUCACAAAACCACACACGCACUCUCUGUUUAUGAUCAGUCGUCGUCCCCAAACAUUUGCUGUUGUGGAGCAUAAAUGGUGAAAAAAACAGUACGAUGCUUCAUCAUUCUGUACGUUUCAGCUGUUCCAUGUAACUGUCAUCAUGCAUGCAUGAUGUUUUCAUCUUUCUUAGAGAGUCUAUGUAAAAUAUCAUAGGGAUGUUAAAAUGAAUUAUUUCACUCGUGGUUUGAAGUGAAAGAGUCUAUUUUAAUGCAAUUAGUUGUUGAUUUUUUUGUCGUAUUGAUCUGUGAAGCUUCUCGGAAUGAGUAGGAUCGUUCUUUCCCGUCAGGUGAUUUUUCAGCCUGAACCAAAGCUGCUCUAUCAUGUUUUUGUUUUUUCAACCGAGGCCGUUGUCAACUUUGCACAUCAUGAAACAUCUAAAUGUGUUGUUCUGUUAUGACAUCAGUUGAGUUACUAACUAACUUGUGCGGCUGUUUCAAUGUUAAGCGUUCUUCGUAUUGUUUGCUGUCAGACAGUGACUGGACAGACUUUUGACUUUAAACAAGACGUGCAUGAAAUCAAAGUUUUGGUUUGUGCAAUUGGAGACCCAGCUGUAAUUUCAGGUUAAGCUGAACCUUGAUUAUCAUUAUUGAUUUAUACUGAUCAUUAAUUCUUUUUUUUACUCUUUGAAUUAUUUAUUUCAGGAAAUGCCUCUUGCUUGUUUCUCUCCUGGCAUGAAUGCUUCUAUUAUCUCUAAUGGACUCUUAAGCAUCUCACUGCAGCAAUAUCAAGGGUUUUUUUUACAUUUCUUUUGGGUAAUUUAACUAUCUUUGCAAUUAAAUCAAUACAGAUUUAAUAUUUUGGGGGGGGAAACAUGCCAUCUGUAGACUGAAAGCUUUUUUUUUCAGCUUUUUUACUUCAAAAUCCAUGGCUCAUUCAUAUUCUAUCUUUUGUUUUUAACACUUGAAUGAUGUUACAUCGUGAGUUUUAACAGCCCUGGCGUAAUAACUAAUGACUCAAAUGUCCAUUUUAGUUGGGACUGCUGGUACAGUUUGUAUACUUGUUGACAGUUGUGCACUUUUGAGGCUGUUGAGCUGCAUUAAAUUAAGAUGUACAGACGGAAGUAUACUGGAAAUGGAAUGCAGUGACGCGAUGAGCUGGUGAGGAAAGCGAGAAGCAAAGCAGAGGACUGACUGCUUUGUCAGGUGGCAGAAAACUGUCAGUCUAGGUGAUGGACAUGCACGACUUGCAUUUAAACUGCUUUCUUCAUACAUUUAUUUGUACAGUUCCUCUUCGGAAACAUUGAAAACACUGGAGCCUGUUUUCUAAUUAUCAGAAAAACACCUCGAUUGAGCAUCGGCCAGUAAUUGGGACUUUUUUUUUUUUUUUUUUAGAUAUACAGAUGCAUAUUGUAACUACAACUGUCCUUUAUUUGUAUAUCAAACCAAUUGAUUUGUGUCAUGCACAUGUGAAGCAACUGUAGCUGUGAGUUAAUUCACUUAAUUCAGAGUUAUGUCAAAGUAAAUGAAUGAAUCUGCACAUUUCUGCUUUGGAGUCUGUGAUAUGAUUCAAAUAGCAGGACUUUGUGCAUCCAGUCAAACUGAAACUGUCGGUUCAUGGUGUAGGAAUGUAAUACCCGAGUGCAAACUGACACCUCAGAGCUUGCACUCAUUUUUCAAAAUGUUCUAGUCAAGUCUUGACUUUUGGAUGUAAAAGCAACUUUGGUGAUUUGGGAGAAACGAAUAGUAGUAGAAAUUGGUACACGGAAAACUGUUAGUGGUUAAUCUCACUGUUGCAGCUCAUGUUUUAAUCUCUGGAGUUUCUUCCUGUUUUCUUUUUUGUCUUUUACUCAUGUUGCCUAAGACAUGAGAGUUUUUCCCCGGCCUCAUUUACAAGAUGUCAAAUUUAUAAAUGCCAACAAGUUUCCCUCUGAGUUUGCUCCUCAGCAUCUUGCUGGUCGUUUUGUUUCUGUACAGUGAACUAACUGAGUUUGGAUAAUGGCUCUCAUCUGUAAAGCUCUUCACCCAGGACGCAAAAGUCAAACGAGUGAAGAAAGAGUACAACUUUGUAAAAACCUGUACAACUGUUUGGUUUUGUGUGUCUGUGUGUCUUUUAAUGGGUCUUGAGACAUAAUUUUUACUUCACCACUGUUUAUAGACUUAUUUAUGGUGUCAAGGUUUAAAAAUGUACAGGAGUGCAGCUCAGCACACUCUUCAUGUCCACUUAUAUUUUAGUAAAUGCUAUUUUUAAAUGUGGGGGAGGGGGGAAUAAAAGCAUCAUGGAUUA